CUUUCUAACUUAGGCUAAGCUCUACGAAUCAAAAAUCAGAGUCACUAUCGUUAUAAAUAAAAAUUACAGUAUGAUUCACUAAUUCGGACAUAAAUUUGUUAUUAACUAUAAUUUGUUGUAACCCAUUGCAACUACAAGAUCAUAUUCGCAAUGUUCUCGAGUUCGCCAAAUUACACGAAAUUAAAAACCAACCUCCGAUUGGCCCUUAAUCGGUUGAAGCUGUUAGAAAAGAAGAAAACAGAACUGACCAUGAAGGCCAGAAGGGAAAUAGCGGAUUACAUACAAGCUGGUAAAUACGAAAGGGCCAAGAUUAGAGUCGAGCACAUUAUUAGGGAAGAUUAUCUCGUAGAAGCGAUGGAGAUCGUCGAAAUGUAUUGCGAUUUGCUGUUGGCGAGGUUUGGCUUAAUUACACAGAUGAAGGAGUUAGAUGAUGGCAUUGCCGAGGCCGUUUCUAGCUUAAUUUGGGUUUCGCCACGAAUGUUUGCCGAUGUACAGGUAUAAAAAGGGGCGCCUGCA